AUGUACGACGAACAGCUCCCCUUUUACGUACCGACCACUUCAUCAAUACCAAAGUCAUCAUGGCUUGUUCCAGCCCCUCGAACUCGAACGGCUGAAGAGCAGUCCCAGUUUGACCUCCAGUGCCAGAAGGAGCAUCUUCGACUAGAACUUCAGCGCGCGAAGGACGACCACGAACGCGCUAUGAGAAUACUGAGAGUGGCAUCUCUUUUCACCAAACUCAUCUUCUUCGCUCUCAUGGUAUAUCUGAUAGUAGGAAUGGUCUCAGAUGUACGCUGUGUUCUCGCGCCAGAAGCCAAGGCAGUGAUCAAGACCACGCCUGCAAUCAACGCUGCACCAGUAACUGACCGGGUAUGUUUGAUAUAUGAUUAUACUUCCUACAAAGAGACUAAAUCGUAUUACCUAACCGCGAGUAUGACGCGAUCGUGGCUCGAUUGA